AAUUUACUAAUUAUCGGUUUCAAACAUGUAUUGUGUGUGCGCAAAUUAAAGCAAUUUCUCAGUACUAAAAAGCCCUAAAAACAUCUUAAAUCUGAGUAUUUCCCUUUUGCCGACUGAAAAGAAACUCUUGUUUUUGCUUUUUUUUGAGUUCCAAAAAUGGGGAAUUGGAACAGAAGAAGAUGGAUACCCAGAAAAAAGUACAAGCAGGAAGAUCUUCCCCCUUCUCAGCCGUACCAGUACAACCAAUCUCCUUAUCAUGCUAUCCAGGAAAACAGUGCCCCAUUAUGGGAGAUAGAUUUCUGCAGAGUAGCCGGGAUUCCCUGGCACAAGGUUGUGAGUGCAAAAACAUAUAUGGACUGUUAUGAAAAUGUGGUUAAGUGGGAUGACUCUGCAGGUCAAGAAGCAUUCAACGUUGCAAAAAGGAGAUAUUGGGCGAAGAUUUCUGGUUUCCCCCCUCAGAAUCCUCCUCCCAAUCCAGAUUUGUACAUUGAUAAAGUUGAUUGGGACUCAGCUAUCGAUCCGGAGCUGAUAUUAGAUUUGGACAGAGAAUAUUUCAACCCUAAUGAAGUUAAGAACUCUGUCAAGUCUGAGAACAACUUAGAUCCUGGAUGCACCCUGGUAUGGGAGGAUAAAACUGCUGAUAAUGGUGAAAACCCUUGGGGAAGUGGUAAUGUGCAGGGCUCUAAAACUGCUGCUAAUGGUGAAAAUCCUUGGGAAAGUGGCAAUGUGCAGGACUCAAACCCUGUUGGCAAUCGUGAUAAUCCUUGGGAAAGUGCUUCUAUCGAGGAUACGAAGCAGACUUGGAAUGAAUGGUAUACCCCUGUAAACAUCAAAAAUGAUAAUCCGUGGGAAAGGAGUUCCCCAAAAACCCAGGGCAUCUUGAAGGGUACUGCCUGGGGAGGCUGUGGAAAUGAGUCAUGGGGUUGGAACAGUGGGAUGAAUUAUCAGAAUGGAUAUGCUUGUGUUGAUAACAGUUUCAGCAAUUUGUGGUAUCAAAGUGGUGCAUGUGUUUCUGGUGCUAAAGGAAACGAAUGGGUUGAUAAUAGCGUUGGUUCCUGGGGUCAAACCUAUUGGAAUACUGGAGGGCAUGAGCAGCGGAAUUCAGACUAUGGCUCUCGCUGGAACAGGAAUUUUAGUCGAGGUGGUGGAACAACCACAAAGGACAGAAGAUGGAGAGGAUCUGAGGGCACUUCUUGGGAUUAUCAGCAACAACCAAGGCAGAGUAACGACAGAAAUGUGGAUUUUGGAAGACCUAGUAGAGGUAAUAAUACCUUUUAUUCUGGUUCGCGCAAGAGGGAAAGUUCUUCACAACAUGUGCCGAGGUACAAAAGCUCAAGGUUUCAAAGUGAUGAACAGAGGACUGCGAACAAUUGGAGAGAAGAAAACAAACAGAAGAGGGUUACUUUUAACAGCAUGUAUGACUAGUUGAUCAACUUCUUAAGUUGGCGUUUCAAUGAAAAAGUUAACGAGCUUCUUAAGUUAUCUUUUCAAUGAAAAGUUGACCAACUUCUGGAUCUUUUUGUAUGUUAUGUAACACCAUUGGGUUUUACCAAGUCCAAUGGUGGUGGAGCAGUUGCAACCAUGAUCUUGCAGAGGGAUGGUAGACAGGUAAGGGCAGUGGAAUAGGAGAAAUGUUAUGGCAUUGAGCGGAAAUUUGUAACAUAAAAAAGCUCAUUUCUGUUCCCAUUUAUUUAUUUUUGGUUAAAGAGAAAAUAUCCUGCUGGAUGGAUAGUUGGUAGUAGGUAUGAUAGAUGAUGAUAAAUUGCAUGUUGCUAGAGCCCAUGUACCUUUGCUGUAAGUGGCUUCGAUAUCUCGGUGUAAGCUUGUAAAUCUUUAUAUAACUUCACCCUUUUCCCCUCUGGGAAUUGGCCACAGGUAUAAUAUGCAUCGAGGGAUUUUGUACUUUUA